AUAGAUCAACAUAGCCUCUCAGUUCAAUCAGCUGCCUCUCUCUCCUCGACGAUCAUAGAUUCAACCGGUACGAGAUGACUGAAAGAUCGGAAGCGUUAGGGAAGGAUGGCAACCGUAGGUGGGAUGACAAAUCUGACCACGAUGAUGUAACAAAGAUAUAUGUAAAUUAUUCUCUUAUGGGCAUAGAGUCCAUUCGCUUCGAUUAUGUCAAAAGUGGAAAACCAAUUGAAGGACCCUUCCGUGGUGAAACGUAUAAUACAUACACGCAUACGUUUGAGAUUAACCAUCUAAAAAAUGAACAUCUCGAAUCUGUUGAGGGCUCCUACACACAGAGAGGGAUUCAAACACUUCAAUUUAAAACCAACUUGCGGAUUUCUGAACCGAUUGGAUAUCCUGGCAAGGAUGGUAUUAAGUUCAUAUUAGCAGUAGAGGGAAAAAAAAUCAUUGGGUUUCACGGAUCAACUUAUUUCAGGCUGUACUCUCUAGGAGCAUAUUUCACUCGGGUUACUCCUACAAGAAUAGAAGCGAUAGGGGGCAAGGUAGGCACAAAGUGGGAUGAUGGAGUCGACCAGGCAGGUUUUACAAAGAUACAUGUACGAAGUGGUCAAGAAGGCAUACAAUUCAUCAAGUUUGAGUAUGUUGACAAGAAUGGGCGUCUGAGAGAUGGGUCAAUCCAUGGUUCUAUUUACAGAAGAGGUUCCCCACACGUGUUUGAGAUUAGACAUGUUGACAAAGAAUAUCUGGUAUCGGUAGAGGGUUACUAUGACGGUGAUGGCGACUGUGCGGUCAUUCAAGCACUUCGAUUCAGAACCAACGUCAAGACUUCACAACUUAUGGGACCCAAAACGGGUAAGAAGUUUAGACUUGCAGCCAGUGGAAUGAAGAUUGUCGGGUUUCAUGGAUAUGCUGAGAAGAAUCUUACCUCUCUUGGAGGAUAUUUCACACCGAUUAUUCCAACAAAGUCAGAAUGCCAAGGAGUUACUGAACGAAGCACCCUUUGGGAUAGUGGUGCUUUUGAAGGUAUUAGAAAGGUUUCCGUUACAUGGAGAUCUUAUUGUAUACGGUGUUUCCGGAUCAACUAUGAAAACGAUGGCAAAGUAGUAAAGCGUGCCCAUGGAAUGAACGACGAUUCGCGAAUCACUGACGAGUUUGUUGUUGACUAUCCAUAUGAAGUUAUCACGUCCAUUGUGGGGACCAUGAAUGAUAGUUAUGUUACGUCAUUUGUUUUCAAAACAUCAAAAGGGAGAACCUCUAGGACAUUUGGUGAGAGAACUUCUGAUUCAGUUGAAUUUGUCAUUGAGAGCAAAGGUUGUGCCGUUGUCGGAUUUCAUGGAUGGUAUGCACCUCUUGGGGCUGGGUAUAUUACGGCUCUUGGUGCACAUUUUUAUCCGAUGCCUCUUCCUCCUGCUGCGGAAAAGCUAGAAGCACAAGGUGGUGCUGGAGGAGUUCCAUGGGACGAUGGUAGUAAUUUUGAACGUGUUAGAAAGAUAUACAUUGGAACAUGUGAGGUUGGUAUUGUUUCCGUCAGGUUUUUGUAUGAAAAUGACAUUGAAGAGAUAGUAGUGGGAGAUCAUCAUGGGAACAAGAACCUACUUCGACAUGAAGAGUUCGACCUGGACAAUGCUUGCGAAUACCUCACAUCAGUGGAAGGUAGUUAUGACGUAAUACCUGGAAGUGAAGAUGUUGAAGUUAUACUCAUGCUCAAGUUCACCACCAACAAGCGAACUUCUCCAUGUUAUGGGCUCGAUGAUGACCCAACCUUCGUGCUCCACAAGGCAGGUCACAGAAUCAUUGGGUUCCAUGGAAAAUCAAGUAACAUGCUUCAUAAACUUGGGAUCCAUGUGCUCCCCAUCACCGACCCAUGAUCAUAUUAUAUGACUUAAACGAAAUAGUAUCCUCCUCUGUUUUCAAUAACUUUGAUUUGUUUCUCCUCUGUUUUUUUUUCUCUCAAGAUCUUAUGAACUUUUGAAUGAUUCCUCUGUUUAAUAAAGUGUAUGGAGUUGAUGUGACACUAGUUCCUAACUUCUCUGUGUUCAAUAGGCCGCUUCCAGAAGCGAGAUUCAUUUUUCCAGAUUCCACGAAAAAGAAAAAUAUGUUCUAUGAAUCAGAGAUGAUCUUAAUUUGUUUGCUUCCAAACUUCAAGAACAAUAUUCUGUUGCCUUUGAUAUCUUCAAGCCUCUCUUUGAUUUUCUUCACUUUCCAUCUAAAUCCAGUAAACUCACAAAUCUACUGACUAAUAAACUACUCAUUGUGGGCUUCCUUGCUCGUAUGAGCCGGUCACGUCGUUCUAUCCCAUCAAUACCCCUUUCUCGAACAACAACCUUGUGCUCAAGGUUCGGAAUAAAGUCAGGAAAUACUCAUCACCCAUCUAACCAAUAUUUUUUGGGGGAGGGGGUCUGUUUCCUCUGAAAAAAGAGACAACUGUGGGUCAAGAGAACUAUUCUAUCCAUUUUUGUGGCAGAGACUUGUGGAAU